AUGGAUGAGGGUCUAUUGAACGACCUUCUGGAGUGCUCCGUGUGCUUGGAGAGGCUCGACACCUCCUCACGCGUGCUGCCCUGCCAGCAUACGUUCUGUCUCAAGUGCUUGAAGGUGAUCGUAGAAUCGCAUAAGGAGUUAAGAUGUCCAGAAUGCCGUGUCCUAGUAGAGGCGAAGAUAGAAGACUUGCCUCCAAACGUGCUCCUCAUGAGGAUCCUGGAGGGUAUGAAGAAUUCUGCGCCGAGGAAAAUCAGCGUUGUGCAGCGUACAUCGCGGAGUGGGCAUUCACAGACGCUGACGCAACUAUCGGCCCGGACGGACGGAAAGCAACUGCCGCCUCACGGACGUGCCAUGUACGACUUCAUAUCCAAGGAGCCGGGUGACCUGUCGUUCAAGAAAGGUGAAACAAUCAUACUCCACAAGAAAUUGGACCCUUUUUGGUACCAAGGAGAGUGCUCUGGAAGGACUGGCAUGUUCCCCAUCACAUAUGUGCAGGUAGUAAUACCCCUGCCUGUACCCACGGCGCUAUGCAAAGCCCUCUAUGACUUCAGAAUGUCCGCACCCGACGAGGAAGGCUGUUUGGCGUUUGACAAAGGUGCAAUAAUAACGGUGCACAGACGUGUCGAUGAGAAUUGGGCUGAAGGGCGGCUUGAGCAACGCGUCGGUAUCUUCCCUAUUGCCUUUGUCGAACUUAACCAAGCCGCGCGUCAGUUGAUGAACAGUGCUCCAUUAAACCGAGCAGUUCCCCCCGUGCCGGACACGCGGGGAACGCACCUGGAGCACCGCCACCAGCAGCGCCACCAGCAGCACGCGCCGUCCACUCUCCAACAGCUACAGCAGCUCCACCAACACCAGCUGCAGCUGCACCAGCACCAGCAUCCUGCGCCCCCGCUGCAGCAGCCCCUCCUCCCGCAGCCCGCCGCCCAGCUCUCCAUGUCACACGGCUUGCUCACCACCUCAGCAGUGCCGAGAACCAUAACGGAACCUACGCACAACAAGCACUCCUUAGACCUCAUACACUUUAUAAGCAUGCACAAUAAAGGACACCAAGGCACCAUGGGGAUACAGAGCGUCUCGCGGAUAACCGAGGGCUACGAUCGACUCAGAGGAGCGAAGUUCGAGAACUACUCGACGCCGACACACAAGCUGGAGACCACGUACCAGAACGUACGGACGCACGAACAUUUCCCGGUGUCUGUUGCCAAUUUCAAUGCGAACAACCUCAGCUCGGACUCAAGUUCGAGUAUGAAUACGCCCUCGGUGGGAGUCAGUUCGACGACCACUCCCGACACUAGUUCUAGCACAAGUACCAGCGAAAGCGCCGAGCCGAGUAUGCCCAGUUCACCAGAUAACAAUACCGAGCAAAACGCGACCGUGUGCACUGCAAAUACGGCUCAAAAUCCCACAACUGAAAUGAACAAUGAAGAUCAAGACGCUGAAACCUCGCUAAACACAUCUAUAGGAGUGUUAAGUCUAAAUGAGAGUUCUACAGCUACUAAUACAUCUUUGAAUGUGACAUUACCGCCGUCGGAGAGUUCAAAAUUGAACGCGUCCGCUAUUAGCAACAGUUCGCAGAAUCAAAGCGAUACCCAGGAAGGUGUAAGCAAUAAUGAUACUUCCCGACUCGACGUUCCUUCAUCGUCAAAGAACGUGAUGCGAUCUAGUGGACCGGAUUCGUUGUUGAACUUCGGGUUAGGUUUACAAGCGGCGCUAUCGCCAUCUCACGGCAAGGAUGGGAACUAUAUAUCCAGAUCUCAUAGAGACCAUCACCACAGAGAAAAAGAAAAAAGGCACAGUCUGACGCCGUCAACUCAUUUACAAGGGAACCACAUGCCACAGAAUAGGCACUCUGCCGAAAUCCUAGCGACGAGCCUGUUGGACCAGGCGCCAGAGCGAGACAGAGACAGGAAGCGGUGCGAGCGAGAGGGCGAGCGGCGGCGGCGGCGCUCGCGCAGCAGCGAGCGGCCGCUGCCCGCCGCCUACGUCGCGCUCUACCCCUACAAGCCGCAGAAGCCCGACGAGCUCGAGCUCAAGAAAGGAGGAGUGUACACGGUGACGGAGCGCUGCCGCGACGGCUGGUACAAGGGCUACUCGGAGCGCGCGCAGCGCUGCGGCGUGUUCCCCGGCAACUACGUGGCGCCCGCGCCCGCGCCCGCCCCCGCACCCACCCCCGCGCACCAGCUGCACGCGCGCACCAAGGACAAGACGACGGUCUCCUCGAGUACAAAGAACACACAAGCGCCCCCCGAUGCCCCACCGAGAGCUCCCAGCCCUACUACCGCCCAACCUCUCACUUAUCCAUGGAGUACGCAAGCCACACAGUCGCAACAAAGUACACCAAGAGCAGAAAAGGAGAAGUCAAAAGAAAAAGCGAAAGCGGAGAAGUCCUCGAUAUCAACGGGAGUGAGUCUCAUGAAAAGGCUAGCGGCGAUGAAGAAAUGUAAAUCACCCCCUCCAGUGGGCUACAGUAUGGACAACCCAGUGUUCGAGGACGGGCCCGGGCCUUCGCUGGCCGCGCCCCCUCCACAUCCCGUGCAUGUGCGGUCUGGUUCGUGUCCGUCGCAGCUCCUUCGGACGCUGCCGGGUCCCGCGGGGGCGGCGGGGGCAGCGGGGGCGGGGGAGCGAGCGAGACAGAAAGAACGUGCUGCACUGCUCGCACUGCACGACCAACGCCUGCACAGAGCGAGCAAUGAAGGUCCGUGGCAGAGCCAGCAUCGCAAGUCGCAAUCGUUGGACGUGACGGUAGCCCGCCGGGACAGACAUCACUCGCAACCUGUUAAAGAGAGAUUCCGCUGCAUAGCGCCGUAUCCUCCGAACUCCGAGUACGAGUUGGAACUGAAGGUGGACGAUAUUGUUGUGGUGUCUCGUAAGCGCGGCGACGGCUGGUACAAGGGCACUUUACAGCGAACGGGACGCACCGGACUGUUCCCGGCUUCCUUCGUGCAGAGCUGCCCGCACGACUGA